AGAUUUUAUGCUGCACCCUGACCGUCAAUUUACAUGCUCUACGGGAUUCCACCUUCUACUCAUCGAUCAACACUCGUUUCGCUCCCCCUCUAUUCCGCCAUCUUCUCUGCUCUUGCAACUGCCUGCGUCUGUGGCAGCGUCUUCUGGUCCUGGUGCCAGCAAAAACUCGUCUUUGGCGACUACCGAGUGGGGAUCACGCGAGCCGUUUCCCACUUCAUCUGCUACUCUGUACCCUAAGAUAAAAAGCGUAAUCCUGUGCCUGUUCUUGCUCGUAACGGCGGCCUGUCGGUGAAUCAACCAACCCACGGCUCGGGCCAGCACUUGUCCUGGUGGUAGAAAUGUCGCAGCUCGAGAGCCAUGUCACGGUUCAGAAGCGUGCUUACUACUCCCCGCCGUGGGCAGACGUGAGCAUCAUUGCCGUUGCUGGCAGCUCAGGCUCCGGCAAGUCGACGCUGUCUCAGACGAUAGUGAAGAAGCUCAACCUGCCAUGGGUCGUCAUUCUUUCUAUGGACUCGUUCUAUAAGACUUUGACCCCUGCCCAAUCCAAGCUGGCAUUUGCCAAUGAGUACGAUUUCGACUCCCCAGAGGCCAUUGAUUUUGACGCUCUCAUCGCCACUCUACGGGACUUGAAGGCUGGGAAGCGAGCAGAAAUUCCUGUGUACUCCUUCGCCAAGCAUGCACGACUAGAAAACACCACAUCUAUUUACUCCCCACACGUACUCGUCUUGGAAGGCAUUUUUGCCCUCUAUGACCCACGAGUUCGUGAGCUAUGUGAUAUGGCAAUAUACUGCGAAGCUGAUGCAGACACCUGCUUGUCUCGGAGAAUUGUUCGAGAUGUUCGGGAACGAGGCCGAGAUGUCGAAGGCUGUAUUAAACAGUGGUUCGCUUUUGUGAAGCCGAACUUUGAGAAGUACGUCGAGCCACAACGUAAGGUGGCCGAUUUAAUUGUACCACGAGGAAUCGAGAACCAAGUAGCACUGGAUAUGAUGGUUCAAUUCAUCGAAAAGAAGCUCUUUGUGAAGUCAACGCACCAUCGAGAAGCUCUGGCUAGGCUUGAGGUCAGAGAUAGAGAUGAGCCCCUCUCCGACCGUGUCGUGGUCAUGAGCGAAGCACCGCAAAUCAAAUUCAUGAACACAAUUCUUCAAGACAUAGACACUACCGCCGAGGACUUUAUCUUUUAUUUCGAUCGCCUUGCCGCUCUAAUCAUUGAACAGGCUCUGAACAAUGUCCAGUUCGAAGAAGCGACAAUAGAGACGCCACCGGGCUAUAAGUACAACGGUCUGCGGCCCAAGGGAGAAGUCAGCGCUGUAAUUGUGCUCCGAGGAGGAUCAGCUUUUGAACCAGCGCUCAGAAAGACUAUCCCAGACUGCAGAACAGGGCGACUUCUGAUCCAGUCCAGCUAUUCUACUGGCGAGCCGGAACUUCAUUAUCUGCGUCUCCCAGAGGAUAUCCACGAACAUGAAAGCGUGUUGCUGCUCGACACCCAGAUGGCCAGUGGAGGAGCAGCUCUCAUGGCAGUUCAGGUUCUAGUCGACCAUGGCGUCGCUUUGGAACGUAUCGUCCUGGCAACUUAUUCCGCUGGAAAAGUUGGCUUGCAUAGGUUGAUGACGGUAUUCCCAGAGAUUACGGCCGUGGUGUGCAAUCUUCUACCCCACCAAGAGCAGCGGUGGGUUGAAAAGAGAUAUUUCCGUUGUUGAGCGACGUGCAAAUUCCAAAAAUCUACAUCAUGACGCUAUUCUGCUUGCAUAGUACACGACGAGAUUGAUGCUUCUUUUGAGACCCAGUGGGACAACAGGUGCUAGCUGCCGACGACGACAAUGGCCCUGAUGAUGACAUGAAUGCACAAGUGCUUGGAU